CUAAUAUGAAUGCCGGACGAGAAGCCAUUGGAGAAUCCAACAAAGCUGAAUGCACCUCUGUUCACAACACAGAAAUUGAAGAUCUUCAGACUAACCAACAUACUGGUCGAUUCAAAGCCACUAAAAAACUUGAAAGGUUAAAAAAUAUCGUUAAUUUGAAUGAGUCUGGAAAAGGUGAUCACAUUACUAUUGACAUCGUGGAGACUGAAGGUCUCCAAAACCAACGCAAUCCAUUGGAGUCUCAAGGAGAAUGUUCGAGUAUAGAUCAUGGGUCUUCUUCAACUGCUCCUCCAGUAGUUAAAACCCCAAAUGAUUCGAUUGACCCAGAAGAAAAAGCACGCUUACUGAAUCCAGAAUGCGACAUGGAUGAUUUUUCCGGUAUCCCUGAAACUCGACUUCCUCGUCAAGUAAGAACCAAUGGGUGUAUAGAGUGGGCUAAAAAGGACCCUGCUUCCUGUUGCAUUUCGCAUACUAUGGCUGCUGCCAGCAUGGUUUGCUUCGUGUUACUAGCCGUAAUGGCCGUAAUCAAGACGAGCUUUCGUUAUUAG